UUUAGUCUGGUCUCACUCCGUCAGAGGUCAGAGGUCAGUCUGCGCGCCUUCCUUCCAUCCCUCCACUGUUGAGAUCAACUAGUUGAGAACAAGGAGCUGUUUCCUGACUAACUAAACCUCAUACAACGACUAAUGCUCCGGUGUUUUCUCUAAAACAGUCCCGUAAAGCUACACAGAAGAGCAGCUCGUGUUGUGGUUUCUCCUCGGGAGUGUUGUUAGCUCCUCGGUUAGCCUCAGCUAGCCUCGUUAGCAUCUUCAGAAAGCACUAGCUAGCUACCAGAAGCUGACAUCUCUUUGACUGCAGACAUGCAGGACAUGCUGGCUAACGUGGACCACCUGAAGUUUGACCUGGAGCUGGCUGUGCAGCAGCAGCUCGGAGCUCAGCCUCUGCCUUUCCCCGGCAUGGACAAAUCUGGGUCUGCUGUGUGUGAGUACUUCAUGAGAGCAGCUUGUCAGAAAGGCGGGAUGUGUCCGUUUCGUCACAUCAGUGGAGAGAAGACGGUGGUGUGUAAGCACUGGCUCAGAGGACUGUGUAAGAAAGGAGACCAGUGCGAGUUUCUCCACGAAUACGACAUGACCAAGAUGCCUGAGUGCUACUUCUACUCCAAGUUUGGUGAGUGUAGCAACAAGGAAUGUCCAUUCCUGCACAUUGACCCAGAGUCCAAGAUCAAAGACUGUCCCUGGUAUGACCGAGGCUUCUGCAAACACGGUCCUGACUGCAGACACAGACACACAAGAAGGGUCAUCUGUAUGAAUUACCUGGUGGGCUUCUGUCCAGAGGGAAAAUCCUGUAAAUUUAUGCACCCUCGUUUUGAAUUGCCUAUGGGAGCUUCUGAACAGCCUCCUCUACCAAUGCAAAUACAGAGCCAGUCAAAGCCUGUGCCUACCAUCGGUCGCUCGUCGCUCUCUCUAAUCCAGCUCACCAACUCCAGUCCAGGCAUGCGGCCGCAGAACCAUAUGCCGAUGGCUCCUCCUCAUCCUCAGCAAAACAACAUGACUGGCAACAGAGGGCCUCGGCCACUGGAUCAGGUCACCUGCUACAAGUGUGGUGAGAAGGGCCACUAUGCCAACAAAUGCACUAAAGGCCAUCUUGCCUUCCUGAGUGGACAGUAACCUCCAGCCUCGAGGUCACUGCGGUGCUGUAGCUCAGUCUCUCCUGAUGUGAGCAGAGGAGACCAGAGGAGACCAGAGGAAGCCCCCUUUGCUCCGCAGGCUGAAGUUGAACUUAAAGACUUUGACUGCCGCUGUUGUGUGUGUGAACUCAUACGGACACAGGCAGUAGGAAAAAGAUUAAGAAAGAUAAACAUAGCUAUCUCUAUUUUUUUGUGGAUACAUGAAAUAACAAGAAAAAACAGAAGAGGUCACGAUCUGCGUGGCUGUGGUUGAAUGACUCGACUUGUGUGUGUUAGUCUUUGGAGUUUUUCUACAACAUUUGUACUGUGAAGCACACUGAAUAUUUAAAUAGACAUCACAUCUGGGGUCCAACAGAGGUGCAGUGCUGCAACAUGUUGCUGCUUCUUUACAGGAUAUCAUGUGCGUUUCUCCUUGGGUCAUGUGACUGCAUCAGUGACACCAGACCAGUUUUUCUAUUCUGCUACUUCUAGUGAAUCUGACUCAAAUGCAUUAAAAAAAACAAAACGUGAUAAAUGCCAGUAGGAAUGUAAAUUAAUGCAGUUUGUACUCAAACUACUGUUAUUAAUCAGAGCCCAAAUCCAUUCUGCAAUGUUUUGUAUUGUACUCCCAACACCAACUAAAAUCUUCUGGCUUGUGACAAACAAAAUCACACAAGUCAAAUUUUAGACUUUCUAACCAUAACCACACACGGUUUCUUGCAAACAUUUAAAAUCCUGGAAAUAAUUAUUUACCAGUUGUGUGUGUGUGGAGGCCCUGUGUUGUUAAUUUUACAUGUGGGGGGUACAGCAGUUUGGCUCAGCUAAAAAAAAGUUAUCUCAAAGGAUGAAUUUGAUUGUUGUGUUGCCAGCCUGAACAUAUUCUCACCAUGUGUACAGUGUGUACAAAUAAAUGUUCUUGUUACAGAU